UAUUUUUGAAGCUCUUUUGACCAGUUUUUGUCUCAAUUCCUCUUGAAGCCAUUUUAGUCAUUUCAGGCAUUUUUAAUGAUUUUCUGAAGAGAUUUUGAUGAUUUUAAAGUGUUUUUUUACAAAGAAGUUUGAGUGCCAUAAAAGCCUUUAAAAUCUUCAAGCCUUAGGAAAUUUUAAGGCAUCUUUAGGUAGUUUAAUGGAGUCCUAAGGCUUUGGGAAAAAAAUCAGUUUUUAAGGGUGUUUGUUUUAAAGAGACAUUGAUGGCUUCUAGGGCAAAUUCAGACCUUUUUGAGUGUCUUUGGGGAGUGUCAAACAGAGGAGGAAGCCUCCAGAGUCUCCUUCAGCAUUUGUUUUUGUGACUUGUUGAGAGUUGUUGAAGAGAUUGGGAUGAAAUGCCCAGAACUGUGGAUCAGCUCUGAAGGGAUUUGUUGACUUCUGAGGUAGUCUUUAGGUAGUUUGAGGAACUUCUGUGAGGUUUGAAAGGUUUGUGAUGAGGUUUUAGAGGCAUUCAAGAGAUUUAAAGAGACGUUGAUGAUUUUUUAAUGCAGCUUUCAUCCUGUUUCAGCCCUUCUCAAGGGUGUGGAAGACUUAAGGACACCCAGAAAGUGAUUGAAGUCUCUACAGAAGGAGCUGGAAGAGUUGCAGAAAGGUUUUAAUAACUUGUGCAGAGUUUUCUAAGGUAACAGCAGUGACCUCUUCCCCUACCACAUGGCCUCACAGAAGGACCCAGGUAAGAACUGGGAGGAGAAGCACCCAGAGAAUAAGACAGAGCAAGCAAAGUACAGCCUCAAGAAAGAGGAGGACAAAGAGGUCAAGCCAGAGGAUAACAGUGAGGAGAAUGAUGACUAUGAUGAGGAUGAAGAUGACCAAGAUAAAGAGGUGGAGGAAGAGGACAGGUUCAUGGUAUCCCCCUCUGUGCCACUCAAGCAACUGAUUCAGCACCCUGAGUAUGGGCAGAGCUUAACAUGGCCCUCUGGCGUCUUUGACCACCGCCGAACCCACACUGGCGGCAAGCCUUUCAGCUGUGCUGACUGUGGCAGGAGCUUCACACUGCGCUCCAACCUCAUUGUCCACAGCCGAAUCCACACCGGUGAGAAGCCUUUCAACUGUGCUGACUGUGGCAGGAGCUUCACACAGCAUUCUAACCUCAUUGCCCAUCGCCAAAUCCACACUGGCAAGAGGCCCUACAGCUGUCCUGACUGUGGCAAGAGCUUCAUACGGCACUCACACCUCGUUAACCACCAUCGAACCCACACUGGUGAGAAGCCCUUCAGCUGUGCUGCCUGUGGCAAGAGCUUCACACUGCACUCCAGUCUCAUUGACCACCACCGGACCCACACCAGCGAGAAGCCCUUCAGCUGUGGUGCCUGUGGCGAGAGCUUCACACGGCACUCCAACCUCAUUGCCCACCGCCGAAUCCACACCGGCGAGAAGCCCUUCAGCUGUGCUGCCUGCGGCAAGAGUUUCACUCGGAAGUCUGCCCUUAGCCAGCACUGCAGUGUCCACACCACUGAGAAGUCCUUCAGCUGCAGGGACUGCGGCAAAAGCUUCAAACACAGCUCAGAUCUCACCAUCCACCGCCGCAUCCACACCAGAGAGAAGCUGUUCCCCUGUGCAGAGUGUGGCAAGAGCUUCACCACGAGCUACAGAUACAUCCAACACAGACUUAUCCACAGCAGUGAGAAACCCUACACCUGCUCUGCCUGCGGCAAGAGCUUCACCCACAGUUCAACCCUCACUCAGCACCAUCGUGUCCACACUGGUGAGAAGCCCUUCACCUGCUCUGCCUGCGGCAAGAGCUUCACCCACAGCUCAACCCUCACCCAGCACCAUCGUGUUCACACUCGUGAGAAGCCCUUCACCUGCUCUGCCUGCGGCAAGAGCUUCACUCAAAGCAGCAGUCUCAGUUACCACCGCCGUACCCACUGUGGUGACCAACCCAUGCUUCAGGGGAAGCACAACUAGAUCCACCCGGGUCAGUCGGGGUAAAUGUGCCCCCACCCCAAGAAAGCCUCUCCAGCAGAUUGAACCAAAAUUGCCUCUUUUUCACUCCUCUGUCCAGUGCCCAGUUGUGUCAAUAAAAUCCCAAAGUGACCCAAA